UGUGGAGGAGUACAUGAGGUGGUAUGGCGGUGUGUCCCAUCGGUUCAUCAUCCCUGAUGAUAGGAGGGAGGAGUUCAGUGCUGUGACGGUUGUGCGUCGGGUCGUGGACUUGUUGGAGCAGUCACUGGAGGUGCCAGAUGCUCUUGCAGUUGGCACGCAUGCCCGAUCCCUCACUGAGAGGGCGCUGGAUCUUAUUAGAUCCAGCGCAUUCAUCGGUACCCAGGGAGUAGCCUUUGCUGCUGUCCGAAGAGCUGGAGCUGCAGGAGGCAGAGGUCGUGGAGGUAGAGCGCGUGGAGGCAGAGCCCGUGGAGGCAGAGCCCGUGGAGAGGGUGCACCUGCAGAGGGCGCUCGUGGAGGCAGAGCUCGUGGACCUAGAGGUCGGAGGGGUGGCGGUAGGGGUGGCGGUAGGGGUCGGGGCGAGUGACUGUAUAUUUGUAUA